UGGACCUUGUGAGACCCCUCCUCAUACAUCAGACCACUGCGGCCUUCUUGACUGAGCUCUGGUUCAACACCCAUCGCCGUCAGAAGACGUACUUGCCCCAACGCAACCUUGAUGCCUCUUUCACCGCUGCGCUCAAAGGAAGCAUACGACUACAUUUCCGUCGGCUAGCUUGCCUGCGCUCUGAACGACAGCUCUGUUCUUCCGUUUGACUGCACACGCAAUCAAAGUCGCCCGUCACCCCGUCACAUUUCGUCUUCUUCAGUCCGUAAACCACGCACGACACAAAAUGUCUACAGACGGCCCCAACCCUGAAAACCCUCGACAACGUCGCAGCUCCAUCACGCAGGCCGCUCUGUCCAACCUGUUCCAACGAGGCCCUCCGUCUGGCAGCACUGGGCCAGCCUUCCCUGGUCCACCCAAUUCCACAGCAGCCGACGCGAACCGCCGUCGCUUGUCGGUCACGACGCUCGGGUUGUCUGGAGCCUCACAGAGCGGCGCCGCUUCACUCGGCAUCCGGCGCGGCAGCAUGUCUACCAACUCAAACAACUCGGAUUCAAUUGACGAGAACGCGAUCGAGGACGACGACACGGGCGCCAGAACCGCCCCGACCACACCUUUCACGCGGCGCAUGAGCUUUGGCGGCUCCGCCGUGAGGGGAUACCGCCCCGGCGGCAGCCCUGGCAAUGGUAACAACAACCCAUCUUCCCCACCUCCAGCACAGCCCAUGCGAAGGCCCAGCGUCGCUGCGACCCUCGCCGCUAGCCGUCGUGCCAGCAUUGGCAUGGCGACGUCUCUCCCGCAGGCAAGCAAUUUCAAGACGCAGAGCAAUCCUUCUGACAGUGUCGCUCGAUCAGACCAGCAAGGCUUCAACUGGUCCGAGCAGCUUAGGUCUCGUGCCGAGAGCAACGUCACACAAGGACCGCGUCCGUCCUUCUCCCUCGCCAGCAGCUCGCCGCCAAGGGCCGGUGCGCCCAUUCACGACCGCGCCAAGUCCAUUUCCGACCUGCCUGCACCACCGGUGCAGACCCCUGUAGCGAAGCCGCAGCCCCCGCCUCAGAGGCAGAAGCCCGAUGCGUUCCAGGAGCGCAUUCUCAAGGGCGACUUUUACAUGGAUUGAGGGGCGUCCAUGCACACCCCGUUGAUUGAUGGAAGCGAGCAAUUUUGGCGUUUUGUGCGUUUUGCUUUGAUUUUGGCUUGGCUCGUCUCGGCGUCGAUGGCAAGCUUGCUUACAGGAAGAACACUUGAUACGAUACUGGACUCUGGGGUACCAGGACACGGAUAUGUCGAGAGACAAGAGGGGCUACGGCAAGGAGCCCUUGAGCAUGAUCGCGCAGCAGCAGAAGAAGAAGACAACGAUGAUGAUGAUGAAGAUGAGAUGACCAAGUAUUGCUAUCUCGACUAUUCUCAAGACACAUGU